ACAUCAUCCUGGCUUUGUAUUUUCUCCAGCAGGGAUGCUCUGUCUGCGAGAAGAACACCACCGCAUGCCACUGACCUAAACAUCUCAUUUUGUGUCCCGCAAUCAUAUGGAUCUGAUACUAAACGCAGUAUUUUUCAGAAUUUACUUGGAAUGUACGUUCAUCAGCGACAGCAGACCGUGUGAGUGUCUUUGUGUGGGACGUCCUGCAAAAGAACCCCAUAAACUCCGUAAUAAGAAACGCGGUUCCCAAACAAGUAUAAGGUCCAGUCUGCCUUUAACACGUAGAAAAGUUUGCAGAAACUACGUUUUUCUGGAGCUGUGAAGGAAACUCCUCCUCUAACCGAGCCCGCAUUCCUUCCUGGACCGUUUUUUCCCAAACGUGGGAGACUGUGGAGAGAGUGAGUGUGUGGAGGAGAGAAGAGGGGAGGAGACCUGCUGAGAAACUACACAGGACUUCUAGAGACGAAAGUUUUCAGAAGAUCUGUUGGUACGAGAACACAAGAAUCUACCAAAAUGUCUUUCCUGUUGAUGUUUGUGACCCUUCUGCAUUUGGUCACCCUGGCCAUGCUUUUCAUUGCCACCAUGGAGAAGUCCUGGUGGUCUUGGGGAGACAUAGAGAACACGGAUCUCUGGUAUAAGUGCAUGUAUGACAACGGCACAGAUACCUGGUUAUGUGCAUCUGUCGGCGAGAACGAAUGGCUGCAGUCAGUCCAGGCCCUCAUGAUAUUAUCUGUGGUGCUCUCUUCCAUCUCCUUCAUGGUGUUCCUCGGACAGCUCUUCACCAUGUCCAAAGGGGGACUUUUCUACUUCACUGGCCUGUGUCAGUUUUUCGCAGGUUUUGCAGCAUUUGCAGCUGUUCUUAUCUACACUUUUCAAAGGAGCGAGAUUCUUCAAGAUGUUCGGGAACUGAAAAUGGGUCGUUUUGGCUACUGUUACAUUCUAGCCUGGGUCUGUGUGCCCCUUUUACUUAUUAGUGGUGCACUUUAUGUGCAUCUGCGCAAACGGGCCUGAUUUUCUGCUUAAAGGGAUAGUUCACCCAAAAAUGAAAUUUAUCCCAUGAUUUACUCAUCUUCUUUCAGACAAGCACAAUCGAAGAUAUAUUUAAAAAUAUCCUUGCUUUUCCAAG